AUGGAUGCACAGUACCCUUUCGCCACUCGUGACGACCUCUGGAGAGUUUUCGAUGAGCUGAAGGAGCUGCACCUGGGGCAAUUUGAACAGAAUGAAAGGAUUGCCAAACUUGAAAGAGACCGUGAUGAUCAGGCUCGGCUGAAAAAUGUCUGGUCCUCCGCUUUAUCACCGCUCCAUUCUGCUGAUGGCGGCCCUGUCCCUUCCGAUUCAACGUCAACUUUCAAUCCUCGAGCAGAGCCCUUCAAAGGCUUCGAUCAGGGCCAUCACACCAUCGUUAGUCCCCCGAUAGCCCCUGCCGACGUUGAGGAUGAGCCCCGCCGAGGAGCCUCGCGAGCGAAUAGUGUUCGCUUCGACGAAAGCGCAAUUCACGGCUACAAUGAACAAGCCAGCCGUACUGGCCAAGAGCCCCAAAUUCGCACGGGGAGCAUCAUGGGGGGUCAUCCACUGACUGAGCGGUCCUCCUCUUGCCGAUCGGACGGGCGAAUGAGCUCCUCGGGGCUGUCAAUCCACUCCACUCGAAGUAGCAGUCUACGGCUGGACACGAGCAGUCGAACAAUGGACUCGUCUUUCAGCGUGUCACCCCUGACACCGCCCCCGGGUCUCUUUCUGCUCGGCCCCGUACCGAGCGUCAUUCGUUGCUGGCUGACCAUGGACUUCACAAAUAAGGCCCUGUUAUACGCUGCGAUCUGCUCGGGUUCCUUUGUCUCAUCACUUGGCUCGACCCUCAUCCACAAGCUUGCCCUGGAGGAUCAAGUUUUCCGCGACAGUGAUGGCCGUUCCUCGAUCAAACUGAAUUUGUGGCUUCCGGAGGCCAGUGUGCAUGCAUCGGCAUCUGGUACGACCAGUCCCAAUUCUCACGUCCCGUUCUUGGCAGUGCAGUUCCUUGUACACGAGACCAGCGACGAGGAUGAAUCUAUUCAAAUCAUUCUCGGAAGUGACGUACUGCGGUGCCACAAUGCAGAUAUCAUGUUUUCUCAAGAUAAGAUGAUGCUGGUUGAUGAGAACCGUAAUCGCGUCUCGGUGCCCCUUGUACGUCCUGAGAAGGAUUGGGUUUACAGACUUCUUCGUACCGCCCCCGACACUUCCAAUCCGGAAUACCCCCAGAAAUCCCUGCCCCCCCGGCGAAGCUCUGCUGGCGCCGUUGGAGAAGACUCUCAUGCCUCCAAAUAUGCUGCCUCUGCUCCCGCUUCUUUGCGUGCCUCCGUGGGGGAAGCCGACGCGAAGACACCCGUUCUUCAACAUCCUGUGGUGGGCAACGAAGAGGCAAUUGACACGUCGAAACAGGAUGCUGCAGACACAAAAUCUGAGAUUGGAGGGGCUUCGGGGACCUGGCGGCGUGGGCCAAAGACUGAGACCACUACCGGCGGCAAGUCUAAGCCUCGGCCUAUGACUGUCCUCAAGCCGAUGAAGUCAAUGAGUCGAGUAAGCUCUGGCGCCGUGACACCGUCCAAUCCACCAGGGGAGGCUCCAAGCACGGAGCAUUCACCAUGGGCACCGCGUUCAAUCACCGAAAGCUCGUCCAGAUCGGGAGCCAAGAAUCCUGCUGGUGAUGCUUCGGCCUUUCCGUGGCUCAACUCCAGCCGGCAAGUUGACACACAUCCUAAAUAA